CAGGGAAAGGGCAGCCACAGCUUCUAUGGGAAACCUGUGCCAGUGCUUCACCACCCUCAUAAUGAAGAAUUUGUCCCCAGUAUCCAAUUUAAACAUACCCUCUUUCAAUUGAAAGCCAUUCCCCCUUGUCCUAUCACAAGCCCUUGUAAAAAGCCCCUCUCCAACUUUCUUGUAGCCCCCUUUAAGUAACUGGAACAUGCUAUAAGGUCUCUGUGAAGCCUUCUCCAAGCUGAGCAACCCCAAUUCUCUCAGCCUGUCUUCACAGGAGAGGUGCUCCAGCCCUCUGAGCAUCUUCAUGACCCUCCUCUGGACGUGCUCCAACACUCACGUCCUUAUGUUGGGGCCCCAGAAUUCGGUAUCCAGCAGCCGGUCUUGGAGAGCUGGGGAGGAUUUCCACUCUGCUGGGGAAAUUCCCUCCCAGCGUUUCUUCCUUGGUGACUCUAUCUUUUUUAAUAUUUUUUUUUUCCCAUUCCAUAUGCACAUCACCACCACUCUCCUCCAUGCCCUACCCCUGCGGCACCCCAGCUCUCUGUGGCGCUGCCCCUUUAUUUAUUUACGGUCGCCGUGCACAAGAAGGCGGCUCAGCUGCAGCGCCGUUCCCGGCCGCUGUGAACAUUGCCCUCCCGGGAGCACCUUCCCGGCCCGGCCAGCCGGGACCGCUCCUCAGCCAUUCCCUGCAGGUCGAGCACGCUUUCCCGCUCCAGCCGGACGGUCACUCUUUUUAAAAGCAAGCCUCAGGCCUCAGCAAGGACAGAAGCAGGGACAAGAGGAUAGAGUCUCAAGCUCCAUGAGGGAAGAUUAAGGUUGGACAUCAGGAAAAACGUUUUCAAAGGGUGUUAAACAGGCAGCCCAGGUAGGUAGUGGAGUCACCAUCCCUGGAGGUGUUCAAGAAAUGACUGGAUGUUGCACUUAGUGCUAUGGUUUAAUUGGCAUGGUGGUGUUUGGUCAUAGGUAGGACUUGGUGACCUUGGUGGUCUUUUCCAACCUUAAAGAUUCUGAGAUUCUAUGAAUGAAGCAUUUAGACAUCCCUUCAUCUCCAUGUCCAUGCACAGACAUGUAAUUGAAUGGGAGGAUCCUCGUUUUGUGGGAAGAAUAUUCUUCCCAAAGCAUUUUAAAGGCUAACGUACAGUGGUGAAGGGUUACAUAAAAUGCUACAUGAUGGGAUUCUGUUAAAAUACAAAUCUUUGUUGUCGUCAUGAGAGCAGUAAGAGGCAUUACUUACUGCCAGCAUCACCCUCCUGCUCAUGGAGGGACAAGAUUUGGGAGAGAAGGUAGUAACUUGUGUGGAAAAAAUUGAGGCAGCAAAGAGUUUACAAGUGAAAUCUUCCUUGUCAGUAAACCAGAGCAGAGGUGGAGUGUAACAACUGUUAAAAAAUAGUUAGGUAUUUGUUUAACUUACAAGAAUGUGGAAAAGCAAGUAAGUAUAAAGGGAAAGGUGGCUAAAAUCUUUCACCAUUUUCUUAUAUUCUAAUAAAGAAAAUAAAAUAACAUUUUAAAAUUUAAAAACAACAUUUCCUAAGUGUUCCAUUCUAAGCAUUUUGAUCUUUUUCUAGCUGUCUAUUGUACGUGUCCAUCAAAUAUUGACUUCCAAAGUAUUUUCUGUCUGCCACUGCUUUUGAUAAUGCAGUGAUUUUGCCAAACUUUAAAAACUAGCCAUAGCAUCUGUGCAAAUACAAGGAAUGAAAACGUAAAAGCCUGAAAGAUAAAUGUAAUUUAAAACUAUUUGUGCUAAACAUCUUAUAUUACAAUGUCAGCAAGAACCAAUGUCAUAGUUGUCAAAUACUAAAAGGGAAACUUGGUGCUUUGUUUUCACGGUUCUAGGAAAGAAAAAUGUAAAAAUGUAAACAAGAUCUUGAAUCAUCUGUUAUAUGUUUGGGUCUUUCUUAAUAACCUACAACAUUCUGUAGUAACAACAACAAACAUUACAUAGUUUACUGUUUAUAAUGUCCCCUUUAAAAGUGUAUGCUAGGUCAAAAAAGAGGGUAGUAAAUACAAUUAUAUUCUAGUACUUGGAAUUAUUCCCCAUAGAAGAAGUUAAAAUCUCUUAAGUGUUUUUUUAAAGUACAGUACAAAACCAACCACCUUAGGGCUAAUAAUUUGCUCUGUUCUUUACUAUGCUCAAUAAAACAGAAUUUUGAUACUCACUACCUACAAUUUGUUUUUCUUUGCAGCAUAUUUGCUUUUCUUUACAGCACAUCCUAAAUUCCUUUGUGAGACAAAAUGCUAAUGAAAUUUGAAUGCCAGGACUUCAGAAUUCAACAUUCGUAUCCUAUAUUCAUAAUCUCUUUUACCUCAAGAAUCAGAUCUUGUCCUAAGCACACAAGAAUGUCCUAAAAAUUUAAAGAUUAGUAUUUUAAGUUGCAAGGUAUUUGUGUUUCCCAUUUGGUGUUUGAGCCUCUAGGGUGAAAAUUUGCAGACUCACUCUAGUAGUCACAGCUCUUACAAGUUAGAGUUUUAAUAUAAUCAAAUGACUUUGAGAUGUUUGGUAGAGUGAGAUUGGACUGUGCUGUAAUAUCCUUGUAUUGCCUAUGUAGCAGAUAGUCUCUAAAAAUUGGCUUUCUCUUUCCUUUGGUAUUUGCAAUGGGAAUGUCAUAGUGGUUUCUACUGACAUUUCCCAGAAAUCCCUUUGUAUGACAGCAAAAAGCAUAAGAUGAUUUUAGUUUAAUAAUACAAUAUUCUGCAUAGAGUCUUGUACUUGUGCUUUAAAGAAGCAGUGUGCUCAAAUCAGAACAAUAAUUGUUCAAAGCCCCACUUUUUUCCUCUCUGAAGUAGAUUUACUUUGCAGACGUUAGAUGGCUACUGGGGGCUUGGCUCCCCAAGAGUUUACACUUACCAAUUUUUAAGCAGAUUGUGCUGGAGGACACAAAAAUUCUUCCAUUGGGUUAUCAUUUCAUUUCAAUAAACGCUUGUCUAAAAGCAGAAGCAGAUGGUUGCAAUCUUAGAAGGGAUUUUUUUAAAAACUACAGUACACAAGCAAUCACUUUAGGGCUAAUAAUUUGCUCUGUUCUUUACCAUGCUCAGUAAAAAAGACCUUCCUUGCUUUGAAGAGGUUUUUGUCUUGGAUAAAAAGGGAGACAGGCAGACAGAUGGCAUAAUGCAAGGAAAAUACAGAGUGGGAAUAUAUUAAUAAAUGGAUUCAUCAGCAAGCUGUCUAAAUUACGUUAUCCACCUUUUUGUAUAACUUAGGAACUUACAGUUCAGGAAAUACAGUUUUUCAUGAAACAUGAAAUCUCACAGGACAGUUUCAGGCUACUGUGUCUUUUCUGUUCCUUCAGCGUAAACCUUGUUCCUGCCUAUACUUUCAAAACUAUCUCACAACCAUUUCAAGAAAAAUUUCAUAUUGUCAGCGUAGUCUGAGGCUCCAGGAGCCCCAAAAGAGGUCCUCCUCUUUAAAAUUCGAGGCUGUUAGGUAGUUCUGUAUGACAGCAAUCUAAAUUCCAAGUAGGUAAUAGCCCUCACAAGGAGAGUGCUCAGGGAAAGAGCAGCGUUGGCCUGGUCUGUUAAGAUGACUGGAUGAUUGCACUUUACUUGGGUAUUCCAAACUGUUUAAAACCUGUUUGAAUAACUGAUAAAGGAAUUAAGCUAAUACACCAGCAUUACCUGUUCCAUGGUGCAAAUUAAAUAGCUAGGCCGAGAUUUCAGCACCUGCCUAGUGGGGUUAUGGUGCCACCCUUAAGGUACAUAAAGAAGAGUUACUUUUUAGGUCAUAGGAGUUGCUCACAUCUCUUUGGGACCCAUGUUCUGACCAGACAGCCUAUCAGAUAGUACCUGUUAGACUUCAGAGAAAGGAUAGAUUCCCAAACCACUAGUAACUUUUAGUGUGACAUUAGUCCUCUCUUCCACAACUGUUAAAAAGGGGCUCUACAACUCACUGCAUAGAUAGCCAACUGCAGAAUUAAUGCUCUCUAUUUUCACUUUGUUUCACCUAGGUUCAUGAUGUUAUGUCAUCAGCUAGUGCUUGUCUUUGGACUCUCACUAGCUAGUGGGGUGUGUGCAUCUAGAAGCUGCUACUCAGAAGCCCAAGUCUCCAUAUAUUUUUUCUGCAACCUCACAGAUAUUCCACUUGUGCCGAAGGAUACGGUGAAGCUUUUCCUAACUUCCAACUAUAUCAUCCGAGUGACUGAAACUUCGUUUCCACUGCUGGAGCACUUGUUGUUGUUGGAAUUCGGAACGCAGUUGGUCUAUCCUGUUACCAUAGGGAAAGGAGCUUUCAAGAACCUGCCAAACCUUCGUAUAUUAGAUUUGGGAUACAAUAGGAUUCUUCAACCAGAUCUUGAUGCUUUUGUGGGUUUGCCAAGUCUGACUGUACUCCGUCUGUUUGGGAACUACCUUGGAAAUUCCAUCCUUGAGGAACGUUACUUUCAAGAUUUGAGAUCAUUAGAAGAAUUGGAUCUUUCAGGGAACAAAAUCACCAGACUUCAGCCUCAUCCAUUAUUUUAUAAUCUAACAGCCCUGAAAACUGUGAACCUGAAAUCCAACUACAUAUCCGACCUGUGUCAGAGCAAUCUUACCAGCUUCCGAGGAAAACAUUUUUUAUUGUUCAGCCUCAGUUCUAAUUUUUUGUACAAGGCAGAAAGUGUAGACUGGGCCAAAUGCCCAAAUCCUUUAAAAAAUAUUACAUUUAACUCACUAGACCUUAGCAAAAAUGGCUGGAGCACGGAGAGAGUCCAAUAUUUCUGUACAGCCAUUAAAGGGACUCAAAUCAGGUCUUUAAUAUUUAGCACUCAUAUAAUGGGUUCAGGAUUUGGCUUUCAAAACUUAAAAAAUCCAGAUAAUUAUACUUUUGCAGGACUAGAAAGAAGUGAUCUUAGUUCCCUUGAUAUUUCAGGGGGUUACAUUUUCUCUCUCAACCCUUUAGUCUUUCAAAGCCUUGGUAAUCUGGAAGUGCUGAACCUUUUCAAAAACAAGAUAAAUCAAAUUGAAAGACAAGCAUUUUUUGGCUUGGGCAACCUAAAAAUCCUCAAUCUCUCAAGUAAUCUUUUAGGUGAGUUGUAUGAUCAUACUUUUGAGGGUCUACGCAGUGUAGCAUAUAUUGAUUUACAGCAGAAUCAUAUUGGGAUGAUUGGUGAAAAAUCAUUCCAUCACUUAGUAAGUCUGAAAAUAAUUGAUCUCCGAGACAAUGCCAUUAAAAAGCUCCCUUCCUUUCCACGUCUGACAUAUGCCUCUUUAGGUGACAAUAAGCUAAUGACUGUAGCCUACACAAGAAUAGAUACAGCAUACCUAGAUUUAGAAAGAAAUUGGUUGGCAAAUGUAGGUGACCUGUACAUUCUUUUCCAAGUUCCAGAUCUGCAAUAUAUCUUCUUAAAACAGAAUCGGUUCUCUUACUGUGUGAAAAGUGAUAAUGCUAUACAAAAUAGUCAGUUAACCUAUAUGGAUCUGGGUGAAAAUAUGUUACAGCUUGUGUGGGAGAGAGACUUAUGUUUGGAUGUGUUUGGGGCACUGUCCAAACUCGAGGUUCUCCAUCUGAAUAACAACUACCUCAGUGCUCUUCCACAGGACAUUUUUAGAGGUCUAACAUCUCUAAAAACCCUUAAUCUGGCUUCCAAUCUGCUGUCUCAUCUUUCUCCUGGGCUUUUUCCGGAGAGCCUAAUGCACCUCAACUUAUCUGGAAACCAGCUGCUUUCCCCUGAGCCUGAAGUCUUUAUGACUUUGAAUAUUCUGGAUAUAACACAUAAUAAGUAUGUCUGUGAUUGCUCUUUAAAGAGCCUACUAGUGUGGCUAAAUGACACCAAUGUAACCCUAGCUGGCUCCGAAUCUGACAGGUACUGUGCCUACCCACCUGAAUUUGCAGGGGUACCACUGUCGUAUCUGGAAUAUGAUGGUUGUGAUGAAGAUGAACUCCAGCAGGCACUCAGGUUCUCACUAUUCAUCUUCUUCUCUGUCACCUUUCUCAUGUUUCUGGUGUCAGCCGUCAUUUUUACUCGCUGUCGGGGGAUUUGUUUUAUCUGGUAUAAAACUAUCACCAAAAAAAUAAUAGCCAGCCAUCCACAAGUAACAAAUAAAUGUGAAUACAGAUAUGAUGCGUAUCUGUGCUACAGCAAAAAUGACUUUGAAUGGGUCCAGAAUGCUUUGCUAAAGCACCUGGAUUCACAGUAUUUGGAUAAAAACAGAUUUACCUUGUGUUUUGAGGAAAGAGACUUCUUGCCUGGGGAAGAACAUAUCAAUAACAUUCGUGAUGCCAUUUGGAACAGCAGGAAAACAAUUUGUAUUGUGACCAGGCAGUUUCUCAAAGAUGGGUGGUGUGUGGAAGCCUUCAAUUUUGCCCAGAGCAGGUACUUCUCUGAUCUGAAAGAUGUCCUCAUAAUGGUAGUGGUUGGGUCACUUUCUCAAUAUCAACUGAUGAAACACAAACCAAUUCGAAACUUCUUACAAAGGAGUCGGUAUUUGCGGUGGCCUGAAGAUUAUCAAGAUGUAGACUGGUUUUUAAAUAACCUUUCGUCCCAAAUUCUGAAGGAGAAAAAGGUACAAAGGAAAGCCAAUGGUAUUGAGCUGCAGACUGUAGCAACGGUCUCACACUGACAGUGUGUGAGUUCCUGGCGAAUAUCCCAUUUCCAGCUGAGCCAUGGCAGGAGUAAACAGAAGUUUGGUUCAUCUUUCCUUGAAAAGACAGGCAGAAUGAUAACUGAUUCAGUAUAAAUCCUACAAAACAUAGAGACAGCUUGAAAGCACCGAGCAAAUAGACGAAAGUACUAUUAUUUUAUGGACUAUGACACAAAUUUUCAGAAGAAUUAAAUGAAUCAUAGAUACUCCACAUUUUGGAUGUUCAUCUUUAGACAAUUCAGUCCUGAUUUUCAGAGUACUACCUACUUCACGGGUCUGUUUCAGUUAGAGAAGGAUGCUCAUGGUUGUUUUUUUAAAAAGAGCCCAUGGAGUGACCAAAUAUGCUUGCAGGCACUGCCUGAACAUCAGUUCAUGGACUAUUUCUGUGCUUUCUGAACCUGUAACUUCUCAUGCUCCAUUUCAAAGUCGAAUCAUUGUUUCGCACCUUUAUGCUUUAAAUUGUUGUAACACAGAUUUCAUUUGUUUGUUUCCUACUCAAUUAUCCUCAGCUUCUCAACUGGAACAUACAAACUUUGGACUUCAUUCGUGCCCUUUCCCUUCACAACUUCUGUUGUCGUAAAGCUACAGUCACUGGUCUACUUCAUUUGCUGCUGUUUCAGCCUAGUGCUUUUUCAGUUGAGCUGCCUUCUGCCCUGCAGAGAGGAGCAGGCAUUCCCUUUGGAUCUGAAGCAAGCCCAGGCUUGAAAAGCAAACAAGAGACUACCUCAGUAGCCGUGCAGGCUGUACACCUGUGACAGGGCCAAUGGCCCAGUGACUGACAGACAGCAUUGGCAUGCUGGGAUUGGGAAGUACACUUGCACUUUGUAAUUGUACUGUGUAAUUUGGGUUGUUCUCAGCACAUCCUGUGUCCUGAUCAAUUCUAAGGUGUUUUUCUGCUUCUACUGAAAUGUUUUUCUGGAGUCAUAAAUGCCUGGUAGUCUCUUACUUCUCUAAUUAUUUUACCACUGUUUGCUCAGGUAUGUGUCUUCAAGGAGUUGUUCAGGGUCAUUUUAAUAGAAGUCUGACUCGGUGUUCACUGAUACAGAACCUGCACUUAUUAUUUUGAUUGUGACGUACUCCUUGAGUGUACUGUUCAUCUCUGUACAUUUAUUCAACAAAAGCUUACCAAAAUACUUUCAGCAGGGCCUCAGUGGGGCUUUUUGCUGUAGUGAGGAAGCAGGAAUGGGAGGUUUUAUAAGUUGUCUGUCUUGACCUUAGCUGCAAACAAAUAAUACCAUCCUAACUGUUUUGAUAGAGAUGAAAUGUGAAUGCACUCAUUUGAAUAUAGAUGUGCCUGUGGCUGAUCUAAUUUACUCUCAGCUCACAAGUAUACAGGAUUUCUAUAGAGAAAAUUACUAUAAUUACUACAGUAUUUCUUCCCUCUUAAUCAGUGUAGUCACUCAGGAAGAGAAAAAUGGGUAAACCUUGGAAUAUUUUUCAGGGGGCAUGGGACAGGGGAUUGCAGAUCAAAGAAGGGAUGGACUGUGCUGGUGAAUCCCUGGGUGUCGCUGUUGGCUCAGGUAACAGCCCGGGUUUCCAGAACCCCUCCUGCCUCCCCGCUACUGCAGCUGCUGGCAGUGGGGGAAAAUGGUCCUGCAGAGCGAGGGCUAGGAAGUCACCAGCAGCCCUGGCUUCCCAGAGCCCCCCUGGGCGGUCAGAAAAGCCACCACAGGCAUUUCGGGAAUGAGUCUGUACAAUGAAGAUCAUCUGCAGCUCCGGGUUGUUUGUGGAUCUGUACGUGGUGUAAGAGUUGGGGAUUUUAAAAGCACCCUUAGAAAUUAUAUUUGAAUGAUUGUCACAAAACAUUUUUUGGUCAAGUGUUGAUUAAGAGCCCUCCCCAGCUACGACCUUACUGUAUACUUACAAGACACUCCUAUCACUUCAGGUAGUUAAAACUUACUUCUGCUAACCUCUGUAUGCAGGAAUGACAAGUACAUACAAUAGAUGUCUUUAAUUAUGGCUCUUUCAUUUGAGAUCCUUUUGUCUACCUCAUGCCACUGGUGGGAGGUGGGUACAUAAAGGUUGCAUUUACUUCAGUCUUUGGAAAGAUCUGUCAUUUUAUAGAAAGGUUUUAAUAAAACCUUUGCAUGAAAUUUCA